AUGUUUACACGACAGGCAUUAUCACCAGAUAAAUUAACAUCACUACUAGAAAAAUUUGAAAAUAUUGAAUCAAAAUUAUCAGCACAAAAUAAAAGAUUAUAUGAAUUAGAACAUAAUUUAAUACCAUCAUUAGACACAAAAAUUGAAUCAUUAGAAGAAUCAAAUGAGGAAUUAUUAGCUAGAUUAAAUGAACAACAAGAACAAAUUGAUAACUUAAAAAUUAUUAGUAAACAUAUCAAUAAAGCGACAAAGGAACCAAACAAUCACAAGAAGAAAACGGUUAAAAGUUUGGCUAUAGUCAACAAUAAAUCUUCUACAACAAUAGUAUGUCUAUUAUUAAUAAUUAGUUUAGUUAUGAUGAAAAACAAAAUAAUAUUUAUACCCAACAUGAUAUCGUGUAAUUAGUAGGAAAACAGCUCUCAUAUUCUAACCAUAUACUAGCAAUAUGUUACAAUCUACGUUUUUUCUUAUAGAAUUCGAAUUCCGCUACAGUUUUACAUUCUAAAAUUUUUCUAGAUAGAUAAUUUUAUAGAAAAGUGUUUAACUUAUAAAAAACGAG